AUGGACGAGGACGAGUACUCGUGGGUGCGGCGCACCAAGUUCUCGCACUCCAUCGUCAGGUCUAGCUCCGGCAGGUGCUCCUUCGACGAGCAGUUCAGCCGCCGCGCCGUGUCCAUGCAGAAAGAUUUUGAUUCAGAGCUCAAGAGCCUGCAGCCGAGGGCCAAAGGGGCGGUCUCAAACCCGGCGAGGCCGGCGAUUCCCAGGGCAAAAUCGGCAGCCGGCCAGGCAGACCGGAAGCCGAAAGAUGUUGUGUUUUCAGAUGUUCAGCUGAAACAGAGUGGUUCUGUUGGCGAUGGCUCACUGAAAGAAACGUCGAUGAUGCAAGAUCGGCGUGAGGUUGGACCCAAGGGAAACGGCCUGAGCUUGAAAUCACUGGAUAUUCCUAAUCGGCGUAUUGUCCGGGGUUUGAAUGAUGGAAGCUCAGGCAACACGCUGGAGUUCUCUUUCCACUCCGAGGAGCAAAGCUUGAGGUUGCAGAGGGUGUGCUCUAGCCCAGGUCCUUACUUUGCCAAGGAUGCAGGGCUAGCCGGGGAUUCUAAUCCACGGAGUGUAUCUUUCAAGGUUGCUGGGGAUGGAUCAAAGCCGAAGAGAAGAGCGAAAUCCCCUAUCCCAGCGCGCGUCAUCUCCGACGUUUUUAGGGAGGCGAAAGCUGCCAGCAAGAGGUUCUCCUCUCCACAGCGGCAAAGGAAAUCUAGCUCUGUUCGGUUGCUGGAUGAUAGUCCCCCUUUUGCAUUCUCUUCGACAAGAGCAGCGACCAAAUUGGUAACCAAAAGGGCCUCUUCCUGGCCAAGGAACUCGGAAGCUAGAGUUGCAAAGGUCGCUGCGCUCGAUGUACUUGAGAAAUGGACGGUCGACCGCUCACAGUUACUCAUUGGCCAUAGAUUUGCAUCAGGAGCGUAUAGUCGUCUGUUCCAUGGAAUCUACAAGGAGCAGCCUGUUGCUGUCAAGUUUAUCAGGCUACCUGAUGAUGGUGAAGAUCCGGAAUUGGCUGCUCGGCUUGAGAAGCAGUUCACUGUCGAAGUUACCAUUUUGGCUCGGCUCCAGCAUCGUAAUGUCAUUGAGCUGGUUGGGGCAUGUAGCUCUGCACCUGUCUUCUGUGUCAUCACUGAGUUCCUGCCUGGGGGCUCUUUGAGAGCCUAUCUGCGCAAGCUGGAGGGCAAGCAACUUCCUUUGGAGAAGAUUAUCUCCGUUGCCCUGGACAUUGCACGUGGUCUGGAAUACGUGCAUUCGCAAGGAGUAAUCCACCGUGACGUGAAGCCUGAGAACAUUCUAUUCGACGCAGAAUGUUGCGCAAAGGUCGUUGAUUUCGGAGUAGCUUUUGAAGACGUUUACUGCAACACGAUGGAAGACGACCCAGGCACAUAUAGAUGGAUGGCGCCAGAGAUGUGUAAGCGCAAGCCAUAUGGUCCGAAAGUCGAUGUCUAUAGUUUUGGGCUCGUCUUGUGGGAACUGGUUAGUGGUUCCAUCCCUUAUGAAGAGAUGACUCCUCUCCAAGCAGCUUAUGCAGUUGUUAAUAAGAACUUGAGACCGGUUGUUCCUUCGAGCUGCCCGACACCAUUGCAACAAUUGAUGGAGCAAUGCUGGUCCGCUCAACCCGAGAAGAGGCCUGAGUUUACUCAGAUAGUUAAAACCCUUGAAAAUCUCAAGGCGACUCUUGAUAGAUAUGGAACCAUUGAGAAGACCCCAACCCCCAGUUGCCAGGAAGCUCAGGAGCAAAACAAGAACAGGCUUGCCAACUGGAUCCUAAAGCUCUCAUAUAGCCCACCGGAUUUCUCAGGGCCCCCGCCGCCGAAGCUGCUGUGA